GCAAAAUAUCUCGGGUGCGGACAACUCUCACACUCGGCUGGAUGACAACAAGAGAACAAGAUGCACUCCUCAGUUUUGAUCGGUUUCUUCGUUGCGCUGUUGGCAGCGGGUGUCCUGUCGAACAGUUACAUCACUGACCAGACCCGACUGUAUAAUGACAUAGUAAUGAGAAGAGGUUACAACAGCAAGGUCGUUCCCAAUUUGAAUGCCAGAACACCAGUCAAUGUCACAGUCGGAUUGACCCUCUUCGGAAUUGACGUGGAUGAGGACAAGAACACGCUCUUUCUGAACUGUUGGCUACAUGAGGUUUGGACCGACAUACGCCUCGGAUGGAAACCUUCUAAAUACGGAAACAUUGAUCAGCUUAAUGUCGAGCACUAUAAGGUGUUUCGGCCAGAUACAUCGCUGUACAACAGUUAUGGCCCCCAGUCCAUGCGGCCUGGCACUGAUCAAGAUCAACUAAUAAUCGACAGCAACGGUGUGGUGAUGUUCUUCCGUCAGGUUGGCCUCAAAAGCAGUUGUGAGAUCGACCCAACAAAGGACGAUCAGUCAUGCGAAUUCACCUUUGGUUCGUGGGUGCACAACGCAUUGAAACUGAACUAUAAGUUGAGCACAGGGAAGCUUGAUAUAAGCGAGAUGGUGCCUCAUCCGAAAUGGGAAUUAACCGGUUCUGAAUUGAAGAGGGAGUUGAAGACGUAUGCCUGUUGUCCAGAGCCCUACGUUGACAUCAAGCUCACGCUAAAGCUCAGGAGAAAAGUCAGCAAUCGAAUCAGUAUGGCAGGUUAAGACCAGAAUGUGCUUUCUAAUGUACCACCAAUAUAUAUUUAACAAGAAUAAAGAGUAGAUACAGCCUGAA